AUGCCUUUUCCUAUUUUAAUUCCUUUUAUUAUUUUAUUAAUUUUUAUUUAUUUACUUUUUCUCUACAUUCGAAGGAAUAGAAUUUCUGACACAUUUGCUUUCUUCCAUCCUUAUUGUGAUGCUUGUGGAGGAGGUGAAAGGGUGCUUUGGUUGGCUUUAAAUGCUAUGCAUCAAAGUUUUCCUGAUUUGAAUUUUAUUGUUUAUACUGGUGAUAUUGAUAGAACACCACAGGAAAUUCUUAAAAAGGUUAAUUCUCGUUUUGGAAUUUCUGUUCCAACCAAUCGCCUCCAAUUUAUUUUUCUUCGAUCACGAUGGUUGUUGGAAGCUAAAAACUAUCCCCGUUUUACUUUAAUUGCCCAAUUAUUUGCUGGGUUAAUUGUUGGCUUUGAAGCUUUGUGGAGAUUUUGUCCUGAAUGGUUUAUGGACACUACUGGAUGUCCUUUGACUUUACCUUUAUUUUAUUGGUUGGGAGGUGCAAAAACUCUUUGUUAUGUUCAUUAUCCAACAAUUACAACUGAAAUGAUUCAAUUAGUAGAUUCAAGAACACCAACCUACAACAAUUCCUCUACAAUUUCUUCUAGUUUUUUCUUAACUAAAUUAAAAUUAAUUUAUUAUCGAAUCGUUGCAUUAAUUUAUAAAAGUUGUGGAAGUUGUUCUCAAUUAACUAUGGCAAAUGGAAGUUGGACAGCUUCACAUAUCGAACAACUUUGGUCAAUCAAACCAAAAAUUGUAUUUCCCCCUUGCAAUGUUGAAAGACUUUUAGAAUUGGAGAAUAAUUCUGAAUAUAAAUUAGAAAAUAACGGAGAAAAAAAGUUUGAAGUUUCAAUAAUUUCGGUAGGCCAAAUUAGGCCAGAAAAGAAUCAUCUUGAGCAAUUACGAAUUUUUGCUGAUGUGAGGAGAUUACUUUUAGAACAAAAAAUUAAUAUUAAUGUAAAAUUAAUUAUUGCCGGAGGUUGUCGAAAUGAAGAGGAUACAAAACGUGUUGAAUUUUUACAAAAUUAUGCCAAAAAACAUUUGGGGAUGAAAACUGGGGAUGAAAUUGAAUGGGAAUUAAAUAUUGAUUUUGAGAGAUUGUUGGAAUUAAUGAAAAAUUCACUAAUUGGGUUACAUACAAUGUGGAAUGAACAUUUUGGAAUUUCUGUGGUUGAGGGAAUGGCUGCUGGAGUUAUUAUGGUUGCACACAAUUCUGGUGGCCCUGCAUUGGAUAUUAUUGGAAAUGAAAAUUUAAAUAAAGUUGAUGAGGAAUAUUUUGAAAAAUGUGGAUUUUUAGCUUCUACAAGAGAAGAAUAUGUAAAUAUUAUUCUUAAAAUAAUUACAAAAAUGAAUGUACAAGAUCGAAAAGAUAUUCGUGAAGCAGCACGUCGUAAAGCUUUAAUUUUUUCUGACAAAUUUUUUGAAAUUAAAUUUUGUAAUUUAAUUGGGGCCUUUUUGGCAGAAACUAAAGAAACCUGA